AGUGUUGCACUAACGUAACAGUCGUACGCACUGUUGGACGUAGUGCAACUGACAGACAACAGUACAUUAUUAUAGUUACAUCGUGCGCGUAGUUUUUGACCUCUUCACAGUGUAUGGAGUUAAGUGUUGACAGAAUUAUGUUCUUGUUCAAAAAGAUGUCUUUCAAAGAUGCCCAGCAUCCUUUCUACCCAUAUACAGAAGAGGAGAAACAGGAGAUCAGAAAAGAACUGGGACUGAAAGAGUCGACGAUACAAGAUGACAUCGACGCCAUCUUGGAUUGGUUCAAAAAACAGCCACAUUUGAUCGAAGCAGGAAUAACUCGAGAAAUCGUCGAAAGGAUGCUGAUAAUAUCCAAAGGUUCAUUGGAGAAGACCAAGCAGAGGAUAGACAAUUUCUACAAAUACAGAGGUUUCGCCCCAGAACUCAUACAGAACAGGGAAAAAGAACUAUGCAGCCACAACAGGGGAAUAUGGACCUUCAUUCGUCAAGCGGCCAUGCCGAAAUUAUAUAACGGCAAUAGAGUUUCUGUGUUCAAAUUCAUUGAACCUGAUCCUGGCAAGUGUAACACUGAUAUUCUCUUUAGGAAUACAUUUAUGCUCGGCGACAUAAGACUUAGUUACGACUACAUGCUUGGAGACAUCUGGGUGCUCGACAUCAAAGCAGUUGGGUUCGGCCACGUCUUGAGAGCAAACCCGGUCACCAUGCAAAAGACAGCCCAUAUAUUUCAAGACGGCAUGGGCCUUCGAAUAGCCGCUAUCCAUGUACUAAACGCUCCCGUGUUGGGUCAGACCAUUCUAACCUUUAUGAAACAAUUCUUUAAACCCAAGAUCAUGGAUCGAGUGCUUAUCCACGAGUCUGUUGAAGAACUACACAAGCAUUUACCUAAACAAUAUUUACCCAAGGACUAUGGAGGGGAUUUACCUUCGAUGGAAGACUUUAAAGAUAAAUAUGAAAAAGAGCUAAGAAAUGACAAGACCAAGAAAUAUCUGCUGGACUUCAGCAAACUGAUCUCCGACGAAAGGAAACGACCUGGAGCCAGCAUAUAUGACGAGUACACUAGAAUGUCUGGGUCUUUCAAGAAAUUAGAUUUAGAUUAGUUGUAUUCAGAGAUGGAUUUACGCCCAGUGUGUGCCCAGAUCCUUCCCAUAAAUUGGGUGCAAACCCAACUAGCAGAUGAGUUUGCACCGGAAUGUUUCGGAAGAAAGUGGACAAAUAUAGUGUGAUCUAUUGUUGUUUUAUUAAUCUGUCGUACAGUUACAAGUGCAUCAAUAAACAGAACUUUAAAGGCAGAUUUUCUACCAAUCAAGCGAAUGCUAAUCUAUCUGUCCGACCAAUGGCGGGCCAUAGGCUAGGCAUUGGUGGAUCGUCAGAGUGGAGAUAGUAUGAGACGGAGAAAAUAGACAUCGACAUCUUUCUUUUCACUCAUACAAGAAGGAGAAAUGCGUAUUAGAAAUAAUAUACGAGAAGAAACGGAACAGAGUCCUAUCUUUGUGUCUGGUUUUACACGGCCCAAUCUGCCGAUUUGAUUUGCCUGCCGAGAAAUUAUUUGAAGAUCUGCUAUCACAUUUGGGUACGCUAUUACGUCGUCGUUAGUUUUGUCUUCAGAAUGAGCAUUGCUUUCUCUGGUCACUCUAACACUUUUAGUAAAAGUGUAAGCACUACGUGACAAUUCGAAUUCUGAUACUGAAAGAAAAUAUUAUUAUAUUACAUUGUCUUCUAGAUAUGAAUAUAUACAGUAAUUUUUACAAAUAGCCUACCAUCAACUUUUACGAAGCGAUUAAAAUAAAAUAAACUUGAAAUGAAUCGCAUUAGUAUUAAAUAUUAACUCGAUGGUACGAAUUUUCUUUUCUACGAAGUUAUUUCAUCGAUUUGUUUUGCUUAAAGCUAAAAUAUAGAUUCAAAUAUUAUUUUAUCUAUGAUUCCAAGAAUACAAAUUACAUAUUAAGCAGUUUUAUAUGAUUAUGAUUGCACUUAAUUCGUACCAGUAUUGUAAAUAGUUAGUUUUGUAUUGUAAAGUUUAUAAGAGGUGAUAGAAUUAGUUCCAAAUGUCUUACUGUUAAAUUUUAUUUGUUUUAUUUUUUGUAUUUUGUGUAAUUAUUGUGAUGUAAAUUAUUAUGAUAAGUAUUAGUUUCAAGUGUAAUGGUACAGUGCAAUUUAUAAUAACUAUAAAUAAAGUAUUUCUUAUAUAAAUUUU